AUGAUGCUAUCACUACUGUGCUGUGUUCUGCUGCUCUUUCUGAGUCAGGGUGCUGAUAGCAGCCAGAAGCUGCGGGAAGCGACGGGCCUGGUGGAGAGGAAGCAGUUCUGUAGUUGGCCGUGUAAAUGUGGCGUCCGGCCGCUGUGUGCCCCUGGUGUCAGCUCCAUCUUGGAUGGCUGCGGCUGCUGCAAAACCUGUGCACGGCAGAUUGGGAAAUCAUGCAAUGAGAGGGACGUCUGUGACCCUCACAAAAGCAUGUACUGUGACUUUUCCAAAGACCAGCCACGUUAUGAAGUUGGCGUCUGUGCUUACAUGAUGGGGGUUGGUUGUGACCUGAAUGGGGCUCACUAUGAUAACGGACAGGCCUUCCAACCCAGCUCAUUCUACAAGUGCACUUGCAUUGCUGGAGCCAUCGGCUGCACUCCUGCCUUCAUCCAAAAGCCGGCUGGAAUGUUGAGUUCCUCUGCUCUCCAGGGCAGCUUGCCAGCAGGACUCAAGAGCAAUCAAAGCCCCAAACACCAGCAGGACACCACCUACAGGACCAUGUCAGCUUACAGGGAUCCUCCCUUAGCCUGGAAGAAGAACUGUUUGGUUCAGACCACACCCUGGUCACCCUGUUCACGCACCUGCGGCAUCGGCAUCUCUGUACGAGUCAACAACGACAACAGCAAGUGUGAGAUGAGAAAAGAGCGCCGACUCUGUCUGCUUCGACCAUGUGAUAAAAACGCUCUAAAGGGACUUAAGAUGCCAAGAGGUAAAACCUGCAGACCGAAAUUCCAGGCCAUUAAAGCAGAGAAGCUCUCGCUGUCUGGCUGUACCAGCGUUAAGAAGCACCGCCCGACAUACUGCGGCAUCUGCACAGACAAGCGCUGCUGCGUUCCCAAUAAGUCCAAAAUGGUGAACAUAGAGUUCCACUGCAAAGGGGGAUCUAACGUACGCUGGAAGAUGCAGUGGAUCACUUCCUGUGUAUGCCAGAGGAAGUGUAAUGAUGCUAAUGACAUGUUUUCAGAACUGCACUUAAUAUAA